AUGGUGCAGAAGUUCUACGGCCACUAUGCUAGGGCCCUACGUUCUAGGAGAAGUGGGACGACCAAGGGCGAGACGAUCGUGGUGGCUUGCAAGAUGUUCCAGGCCGUGGAGCACAAAAAGUUCACAUUGCUGCCUUGUUGGCGGGAGUUGAGGCAUCAUCCGAAGUGGCAAUCGGAGUCCUCGCGCAAAAAGCAGAAGACCUCCGCCGCCGGGAGCCCCGCGUCGAUGCAGCACGUUGAGUCAUCUCCCGGAGCAGAAGCUGGGGAUGCCCCUGCUUUCAUUGGUAAUCCACGUCCUAAAAGGCCACCUGGCCGGACUCGCUCCAAGGAGGUUGCCCGCGGUUCAACCUCGUCGAACUCAGCUUCUGCCCCCAUGAAGGAGAUAUUUGACCGACAGUUCUCGUUAAAAGAAAGGAUUGAGAAGGAUAGGGCAGAGAGGUUUACUGAGAUGAUGAAUGUGGAGCGUUAG